AGACUCCAUUUACAUUAUGCAAAAGCCCCACCCCGGCCGCCUGGAGAGGGAAAGUCAGAUACCCGGAGUCCAAAGCCACCUCUCCGGAAAUCCACCUAGGAUUUUUUUUUGUCCUGCAGAGAAAGCUCCAGGAUUGACGUUUUAAACAAAACCGGUCUAUUUGCAUACCCUUUGUUUGCAUGCAUUUGGCUUUGAGCUGAAGGGAGCAACCCUGUGUAUAACAAGGCGAAACCGGGAUGAUUUACUCAGAAUUUCAAUUUCAGGAUACUGAGGACUGGUGUGGGUGUGUGGAGUUGCAAAUUUAACUCUAGGCCUUGUCUCACUGGGUAAACUGAGGCCCAGGUAAAAGGUUUUUACAAUCCUCAGCUCCCAGAGAGCAACCUUCCACACGCUGUUCCUCAAGACCCCCAGAGAAGAUGUGUUCCAGCCUUCCUCUGCCCGCCCCCAAAUACCAGGGCUCCCUUUCUGAGCCAGGUGAAGCCACAGGCAGCAGUGCAAGGACAGAACCCACAACCGUCCAGAGGAAGGGCCAGUGGGUGCCACCUGGUUUGCACCUGUGCCUUUACCCUGCCCGCUUCCUGAGGAGGACUGCAGACCCAGACGGUGGAGGCGAACAGCCCGGUUCCUACAACUGGGUUCCAGCCCCACCCCUUUCAAAGGCAUGAAACUGGGAAGCAUCUGGGCAGCUGCCGACCAUCCUAGUUAAACGGCCCGGCCUGGUCCCAGGGCGCGGCGCGGCCAUGCCAGGCGCAGGGAGGUCUGGCCAGCAUGUUACUCUGGGGGGUGCGCCUCACCGGCCUGCAGCUUUCCCUCUCCUGCUGCUGGGCUUUCAGCUGCCACAGCACCGCGUCCUCCUCUGACUUCAGCCUCCCUGGGGAUUACCCGCUUGCGGGCCAGUUUCCUCUCCACGGUGACCACCUAGGGGUGAGACGCAGACCCACAGUGACCUUCUGUGACAGGCCCAGCACCUUCAAUGGCCACGGCCACCACCUCUUCCAGGCCAUGCAGUUUGGCGUCGAGGAGAUAAACAGCUCCACUGCCCUGCUGCCCAGCAUCACCCUGGGGUACAAGCCGUACGACGGGUGCUCGGAGUCAGCCAACGUUGCCACGCUGAGCACGCCAGGGACGCGCUACGUGGAGAGCCGAGGAGACCCUGCCCACUACGCCCCCGCGACUGUGGCGGUGAUUGGGCCCGCCGCCAGCAACCGUGUCGCCAGCGCUGCAGCCCUGCUGAGCCCCUUCCCGAUGCCCCUGAUAAGCUGGCGCCCUGGCAGUUCGCUCAUCUCACCUCCUGCCGAGUCCAGUUCCUACCUUCACUCCCUUCCCUGCCCCGACCACCAGGUGGAGAAUGUGAUGCUGCCGUUGCGGAGGUUCGGGUGGGUCUGGAUCUCCACGGUGGGCAGCGAAGGUGACUACGGGCAGCUAGGGGUGCAGGCGCUGGAGGACCAGGCCACCCGGCAGGGCGUGUGCGUUGCCUUCAAGGACACCGUGCCUUUCUCUGCCCAGCCGGGCGAUGAGAGGAUGCAGAGCACGAUGCGCCGCCUGGCCCAAGCGAGGACCACGGUCGUGGUCGUUUUCUCCGGCAGACAGCUGGCCAGGGUGUUCUUUGAGUCCGUGGUGCUGGCCAAGCUGACUGCCAAGGUAUGGAUCGCCUCAGAAGGCUGGGCCAUCUCCAGACACAUCAGCAAUGUGCCUGGGAUCUGGGGCAUUGGCACAGUGCUGGGCGUGGCCAUCCCACAGAGGCGUGUCCCUGGCCUGAAGGAGUUUGAAGAGGCCUACGUUGGGGCAGACAAAGGAGCCCUUGGGCCUUGCCUCAGGGGCUCCUGGUGCAGCAGCAACCAGCUCUGCAGAGAGUGCUGGGCUUUCACGGCACAGAAGAUGCCCACACUUGCAGCCUUCUCCAUGAGCUGCUACAACGUGUACCAGGCUGUCUACGCCGUGGCUCACAGCCUCCACCAGCUCCUGGGCUGUGCCUCUGGAGUCUGUUCCAGAGGCUGGGUCUACCCCUGGCAGCUUCUGGAACAGAUCCUCAAGGUGAAUUUCCUUUUACACAAGGACAUUGUGACAUUUAAUGACAAUGGCGACCCCCUCAGCAGUUAUAAUGCCUGGGACUUGAGUGGCCCCAGCUGGACCUUCAGGGUCAUCAGCUCCUCCUUGUGGUCUCCAGUUUGGCUAGACAUAAAUACGAUCAAAAUCCGGUGGCAUGGAAAGGACAACCAGGUGCCUCAGUCUGUGUGUUCCAGCGACUGUCCUGUAGGGCACCAGAAAGUGAUCGUGGGUUUCCACUACUGCUGCUUCCAGUGUGUGCUCUGUGAGGCCGGGACCCUGCUCAGCAAGAGUGACCCCUACAGCUGCCAACCUUGUGGGAAAGAAGAGUGGGCACCUGAGAGAAGCCAGACCUGCUUCCCAUGCACCGUGGUGUUUCUGACUUGGCAUGAGCCCAUCUCUUGGGCGCUCCUGGCAGCUAUUACGCUGCUGCUGCUGGUGGCUGGGACUGCUGGCCUGUUUGCCUGGCACCUAGACACGCCUGUGGUGAGGUCUGCUGGAGGCCGGCUGUGCUUCCUCAUGCUGGGCUCCCUGGUGGGGGGCAGCUGCGGCCACUGUGGCUUCUUUGGGGAGCCCACGCUGCCCACAUGCCUGCUGCGCAAAGGCCUCUUUGCCCUUGGUUUUGCCAUCUUCCUGUCCUGCCUGACGAUCCGCUCCUUCCAACUUGUGUUCAUCUUCAAGUUUUCUGCCCAGGUACCUACCUUCUUCCGUGCGUCGGUCCAAAACCACAGUGCUGACCUGUUGGUGGUGAUCAGCUCAACAACCCAGCUGCUUAUCUGUCUAAUGUGGCUUGCAGUGUGGACCCCACUGCCCACCAGGGAACACCAGCCCUUCCCCCAGCUGGUGGUGCCUGACUGCACAGAGGCUAACUCACCGGGUUUCAUGCUGGCUUUCGCCUAUGAUGGCCUCCUCUAGGCCAGCACCUUUGCCUGCAGCUACCUGGGCAAGGACCUGCCAGAGAACUACGACGAGGUCCAAUGUGUCACCUUCAGCCUGCUCCUCAACUUCGUGUCCUGGAUCGCCUUCUUCACCAUGGCCAGUGUCUACCGGGGCAAGUACCAGCCCACGGUCAACGUGCUGGCCGUGCUGAGCAGCCUGAUUGGCGGCUUCAGCGGUUAUUUCGUCCCCAAGUGCUAUGUGAUCCUGUGCCGCCCAGAUCUCAACAGCACCGAGCACUUCCAGGCCUCCACCCAGGACUACACCAGGAGCUGUGGCUCCACCUGA